AAAUGAUUCUAUGUUUCUAUGUAAUGAAUAGCCUACAUGAACACACGCAAAGAUUUUCGAGUAAGGAAGAAACAUAAAUACUUUCAUGAUAUUUCAAUUGAAGCAAAAUGUACCGCUUGACCUUUUCGAUAGCUUUCCUAUUUAUGUGGACAUUAUGUGAAAUAGUCGUUUUUAAAAAACAAAAAGAUCAAAUAUACAUUGGUCAUGUGCUGUUUGAGGUACGAAUGCCGAUGUGGUCAAUAUGUGCUCAAUACUGCUCGAGAGUAAAAAUAUGCAAAUCUAUUAACUUUAUAGCAGCGAAUAAAACUUGCCAAAUAAAUGACGCUGAACCCGGUGAAAGUAAAUGUGCACUCGUUGAGAGUAUUGGAAAUAGCUUUGUUGCUGCCUCGACUUUUCCUCAGGAACUAGCUGGUCAAUGCAGAGGAAAUGAUUGUAAACUCAACGAGGCAUGCAUGCCAAGAGGAACGGAUUACUAUUGUGUUCCAUUACCUAUAAAGCUAUUUGAAAAUAGCACACAACUUCGCCCACGUGACUGUGGUGAUCUUCCACAAGGAAGUUGCUCAGGGGUAUAUACAAUAUAUCCUUCAAACGAGAUGUUUGAUGUUUACUGUGACAUGGAUACAGCAGGAUUUGGAUGGACUGUUUUCCAAAGCAGAAUGAAUGGAGCAGUUGAUUUUUACAAAGAAUGGAUUGAUUAUGAGAUUGGAUUUGGAGAUUUAAAAUCCGAGUUUUGGUUGGGAAAUAAAUUCAUAAACCUUCUUACGUCUUCUGGAACCUACAAAAUUUACAUCCAUCUUGAGGAUUUUGAAGAGAAUUCGAGGUACGCAGAGUAUAGCGAGUUCAGUGUAGGGGAUGCAUCAACACAGUAUACUUUGAGUAUUACUGGAUACAGCGGAACUGCAGGAGAUAGCCUGCUCAACCCAAACUAUUAUCACAACGGCAUGAUGUUUUCUACUAAAGACAAGGAUAAUGACAGAAGUUAUCGGGACUGCGCACUUACAUUUCAAGGGGCAUGGUGGUACAAUGAUUGUCAUUAUUCUAAUUUGAAUGGAAUAUAUUUUGGUGGACAGCACUUGUCUAAUGCCGAUGGUAUCAAUUGGGGUACAUGGAGAGGAUUUCAAUACUCACUAAAAUCUACUAAAAUGAUGAUUAAACGACACUAAAAACCAUUUUAAGAAAGACCCACAAUUUAUUUUACAAAAGUACACAGUCAGUUACAUUUUACAUGUUUUAAGAAAGGUGAUUUAUGACGUAACAAAUACACAAUUUGAAGAUAAGCAGAAAGUAAAAUAUAGGCUUACUGAAGAGAAAUAAACUUUCUUAUUUUGUUUAU